AAGAAAUACGAAUAAGAAGAGCAAAGCGUGUCGCCGAGUACGGGAGACAAAAUCCCUUCUCUCUUCCCCGACCGUCCUUCACCACCGAACAAAAUGUUUCCCUUCCAGAUGUCUCCUCGUGUAAAUCGGGUCAAUUUAACGUCGUUAUGAUUUCGAAGAAUUAGAUCAUUCGAGAAGCGUUCUUGCAACUACAAGACAUAAAAAUUAGAGUUCUUUUACAAGUUUUGUAUUUCAUCUUACUCUUGAGUUUUCAUAGAAAAUAAAGCGUGUUAAUUUUAAUAUAUAAGUAUAUGUGGAGUUUUAUUCCCCCACAGUGCUAUAACAGACAUUUGUUUGUAUAUGGCGGGAGGCUUAAUUUCACAACAAUUCUUACAACAGUCGAUAUUUAUUAUCAUUACUUCCCAGAUUUAUAUUUAAGUUUCGUUUGAAUAACUUCCAAUAUGGCUGCGAAUAAGGAGUUUCUUGUUUUCGUAUUGGAUAUACGCCCAACCGCUAAUGAAGAUUUUAAACUAAAGUCGGUAAAGUUAGUAGCAGACAUUUUGAAAGAUAAGAUUUGCGCCGGUAGAAAAGAUUUCGUUUCAUUUGUAUUGCUCGGUAGUGAAAAAACAUUGAACAAUAUAACGCAGUAUCAACAGCCACAAUGUCCUACUUGGGAGUUACUGUUAAACUUCUAUAAAUUUGUAAAUGAAGACGCUUGUGACGAUGGUAAAUGGUUAGAUGCUCUUGUGGUUGCGAUGGAGGUGCUCAAAAGGGGUGAAGAAUGUUUCAAAUUUCAAAGAUCGCGCAUUUUGUUCUUUUGUGAUUUCAAUGAUGCACCGAAUUCAUAUGACAUGUACGACGUUAUUGUACAAAAUGUAGCACAAACAGAAGUCGAACUGGUGAUUAUCUCUGAGAAUAUACAAUACGUCGAUAAUCCAAUCAGCGGUCUGCCCAAAGUAAUAUUUCGUGAAGGCAAGAAAAGUAAGCAGCAGUUGAAAAAUGAGGAUUAUGCUUUGCAACUUAUCACUAAUUGCAGCGCAAAACUGUAUAACUUUGAAGAAGCUAAACGCUGUGUUUUCAAAAUUACUAACAAACGACCGUGGGUGUGGAACAGCAAACUAACAGUUGGUUCAGAAAUCACAAUUAAAAUAUCUGGAGUUAUCUAUAUGAAGGACGAGAGUAAUAUAAAAUUAAAGAAAUGCUGGGGCCAAGAGGAUGAACUUGUUUCAUUCGAACUGAACUCCUUUGUGCGUGGCACAGAAAUAGAACCUAGUGAAACUGAACUCAUUGAAGGUUACAUGUUAGGUUCCACCCCGAUACCAUUUGAUGAAUCGCUAAAAGACGAGAAGGAACGCUAUGAGCCGGCGCUCAAGUUCGUGGGAUUUAUGAAGCGUGACUCUAUACCUGAUGAAUAUUUCUGUGGCGAUUCAUUAUACUGGAUUGUGCAUCAAAAGGGUAUGAAUGCAUCAGCACAGAAACUCGAUGCAUUAGUACGCGCUAUGACCAACACAAAUAUGGCGAUGCUCUGCUACAAAGUGUAUAGUGUCAGAUUCAAUGUGCCGAAGAUGGUGGUCCUAUUGCCAAAUAAGCUCCAUACCGAUAGGCCUGCCUCACUGACCAUGGUCGAGAUCGCUUAUCAUUCGCAAUAUCAGUACUUUCAAUUUCCACGCCUUCGUACUCUAAAAACGGAAUGUACAAAAGAGCAAAUCGAUGCUAUAGAUAAUUUAAUUGACUCCAUGGAUCUGUCAUUGAAUCCUAAAGAGUCGGAUAUUCCGCGUGACACAUGUCAGCCAGACUUAUUACCUUUCGAGUCAUUGCCUCAUAUUUAUGAACAGAAUGUUAUGGAUGUUCUGGAAAGGAAGAUAAUAUCAAAUGUUAAAGAAGAUGAACAAUUCGCAGAAAUGUUAGAAGAUAAAAAUUUUGUAGAAAUCUUUUGGAAAAUACCCGAACUACGAGAAAAAGUUUCAAAACAUGCCGCUAAAGUUAUAAAAUCGCUAUUUCCGUUAGAAGAAAAUGUACCCAAAGUGCCUACGAGUGGAAAAACUAAAGUAAAAUCAGAAAAUACUGAAAGUGGUGCGAGUACUUCGACAGAAGGUAACUCACCACAGAUUUGCGAUAAAGUUAGUGAAAAUACACCUGCUGACGAUUUCCGUCAACUUAUACAAAACAAUGUUUUAAAAAUACAGAAUCGCACAGAACGCGACGCAAAAUUUCAAAUGUACGCACAACAAAUGCAAAAUGUUAUUUGGUAUUUAUUGUUUGACACUAAGGAUAAAUUAAACUAUAAAAAAUUGGAAGAAGCGUUGGAAAUUUACCGUAAGCAAUGCUAUGACUUUAACUCAUUUGAUGAAUACAAUGAAUGGAUAAGCGAAGUGAAGAAAAAAGUCGUACCGAACAAGCUUCAAGAUUUUUGGCAGCAUGUAGUUGCUGAAAAGGAUUUGGGGCUUUGUUUUGUCAGUACCGAUUGGCUAGAGAGCAAACGUGCGCUGGAGAAGUUUUAUGAAUUGCCAGUCGACGACGUGGCAGAACACAACGAGUAAGGCUUCUGUACAUCAUUCAUUUUUAUUGUUAAUAAUUUUUGUUGUUGUAUGCUAAAAUUAUAAACAUACCCAAAACUUCAUUUAUAAUUUGUAUGCAAAGUAAAAUAUAUAGAAUAAGUAAAUCUACUUUGGACUCUACGGAAUGAAGCUGGAGAUCACACUAUGUGUCUACCUUUUGUGAAUUUUCCCUUUUUCUUAUUCCAUUUUUAAUUUCCAAUGUAAAGAACUCACAGCUGUACGUGAAACUUGUAACUUUUAAUGGUUUUCUGUUGGUUUACUUAAUUAUUUUUCCUUUUCCAUCUCAACUAAUAAAUACUACUUUGAAGUUUAA